GUGCGAACAUCAGCAGUAUGAGCAGAAGGGGGGGGAAGAGAGAGAGAUCCACACACUGAAAACACACUAACUCUGGACAUCAUCGCGGCGUCGUUGGAGAAGAAAACUCCGCAUCAGAUAGGCGAUUAAGCAGAAAUGGAGGGGCUCUCAUAACAAGGCAAGGUCAUCGAUACUCUCCGGAUUGAAGGCGUGUUGCUCUCUGUCAAGAAGGCUGCCGGCUGUCUGAAUAAAUCAAACCAGAGAAGAAGACUGAGGUUUGGAUGAGCGGGUUCUGGUGAUCCCAGCAGAGGCACGAAACUCUGUGACCGUCAGCCAUGCCGCCACCGUCGGACAUCGUGAAGGUGGCGAUUGAGUGGCCGGGGGCUUUCCCCAAACUCAUGGAGAUUGACCAGAAAAAGCCCCUCUCUGCCAUUAUUAAAGAAGUGUGUGAGGGUUGGUCGUUGGGGAACCAUGAAAACUUUGCUCUCCAGAUUGCUGAUGCCACCAAUUUUUAUAUCACAGAAAAGAAUCGCAACGACAUAAAGAAUGGUUCCAUCCUGCGCCUGACCACGUCGCCUUACCAGACAGCGGUGCAGCUCCACGAGAGGAUCCAGUCAUCCAGCAUGGACGCCAAGCUGGAGGCACUGAAGGACCUGGCCAACGCCUCCCGCGACAUCACCUUCGCUCAGGAGUUUAUCAACCUGGACGGCAUCUCAUUACUCACCCAGAUGGUGGAAAGUGGCACAGAGCGAUAUCAGAAACUACAGAAGAUUAUGAAGCCCUGUUUCGGUGACCUGCUGUCCUUCACUCUCACGGCCUUUGUGGAGCUGAUGGAUCACGGCAUCGUCUCCUGGGACACCUUCUCUGUGGCCUUUAUCAAGAAGAUUGCAGGCUACGUGAACAAGUCAGCCAUGGACACGGCCGUCCUGCAGCGCUCGCUGGCCAUCCUGGAGUCCAUGGUGCUCAACAGUCAGGAUCUCUACCACAAGGUGGCACAAGAGAUCACCAUUGGCCAGCUCAUACCACACCUUCAAGGCACUGACCAGGACAUCCAGACGUACACGAUCGCCGUCAUCAACGCGCUUUUCCUCAAAGCACCAGAGGAGAAGAGACAGUGUGAUGAGCACAUUGUGGACAUCCUAAAUUGUCCCCUGACAGAGAUGGCUCAUAUUCUGGCCCAGAAGCAGCUGCGCUCCAUCAUUCUGAGUAACGUGAUCCGGAGCCCCACACCCAUCAACGAUGAGAUGGCCCACCAGCUGUACGUGCUGCAGGUGCUCACUUUCAACCUGCUGGAGGACAGAAUGAUGACCAAGAUGGACCCCCAGGACCAGGCUCAGAGGGACAUCAUCUUCGAGCUGCGCCGAAUCGCCUUCGAUGUGGAGUGCGAGCCCAACAACGGUGGCAGCAUCGAGAAGAGGAAGUCCAUGUACACACGUGACUACAAGAAGCUGGGCUUCAUUAAUCAUGUCAACCCAGCAGUGGAUUUCACCCAGAUUCCUCCGGGCAUGCUCGCACUGGACAACAUGCUGUACUUCGCCCGACACCACCAGGAUUCCUACGUCCGAAUUGUUCUCGAGAACAGCAGCCGCGAGGACAAGCAUGAGUGUCCGUUUGGCCGCAGCAGUAUCGAGCUGACCAAGAUGCUGUGUGAGAUUCUGAAAGUCGGCGAGCUCCCAAGCGAGAACUGCCACGACUUUCACCCCAUGUUCUUCACACAUGAACGCUCCUUCGAGGAGUUCUUCUGCAUCUGUAUCCAGCUGCUCAACAAGACCUGGAAGGAAAUGAGAGCCACGAGCGAAGACUUCAACAAGGUAAUGCAGGUGGUGAGGGAGCAGAUCAUGCGAGCGCUGACUCUCAAGCCUAAUUCUCUGGACCAGUUCAAGAUUCGUCUGCAGAACCUGAGCUACACAGAGAUCCUGAAGAUACGCCAGUCAGAGAGGAUGAAUCAGGAAGACUUCCAGUCUCGCCCCAUCCUGGAGCUGAGGGAGAAGAUCCAGCCCGAGAUCAUGGAGCUGAUCAAACAGCAGAGGCUCAACAGACUCUGUGAGGGAACCUGCUUCAGGAAAAUUAGCAGUCGAAGGAGGCAAGAUAAGUUCUGGUACUGCCGUCUGUCCCCGAACCAUAAAGUCCUGCACUACGGAGACCUGGAGGAGAGUCCCCAGGGAGAAGUUCCCCACGACUCUUUACAGGACAAACUGCCGGUGGCCGAUAUCAAGGCUGUCAUCACUGGCAAAGACUGUCCUCACAUGAAGGAGAAGGGAGCCCUCAAGCAGAACAAGGAGGUGCUGGAGUUGGCCUUCUCCGUCCUCUAUGAGUCAGACGAGUAUUUGAACUUCAUCGCUCCGGACAAGCACGAGUACUGCGUGUGGACCGACGGUCUGAACGCCCUCCUGGGCAAAGAGAUGACCAGCGACUACACCAAAUCUGACAUGGACACUCUUCUUUCAAUGGAGAUGAAGCUCCGCCUCCUGGACCUAGAGAACAUCCAGAUCCCAGAGGCUCCGCCCCCGAUUCCCAAAGAACCUAGCAACUAUGACUUUGUUUAUGACUGUAACUAGUCGAGCGUGUUUGGGGAACCCUCCGUCGCCUGCUGUACUCACUGGACUUUCCCUCUUCCCAGAAACUGGAACACAAUUACUGUGACUCAAGGUUGAAGGAGGGCGACGCUGCUGUGCUCCUUUCUUUGUGCAAAACUGAAGUUGGACUUGUUCAGGAAUUGGAGACCUUCAGUGGUGCAUUCACUGAGCUAAAUUAAUGAAUAUCAACAAUAAAUAAACGUGAACAGCCAGAAAAACGGGGUCAGUGAAAGCACCAACUUGGUUAAAAACUGGGUUUAUCCGACCAGUGAAGGCAUCAUCUGUGGCUCCACUCUGUGCAUAUCAGUGUCAGCUUUCAAAUCAUGAGAUCAAAGGACAAGUAAAUGAAUCAGCGGUUCAAUAUUCUUAUUAGAUAUUUUGAGUUUUGCACAAAGGAUGGGAACACGGAUCGGCCAUUACAGAGAAUGGCGCGUAUCAAAUUGCCCGGGUCGCGGCGCAGUGGUCCGGUCUCCAUGGAGACCAGCGACUGAUGGUUCUGUGUCUCGUCACUUUUCAUUUUGCUUGUUGUAGACAAAAUCUUAGACUUCUGGAUCAGCUUCACUGUUUAUGAUUUCUCCUCAGGGUUUUUUUGUGUGGGGGGAGGGGAGGGGCUUAUGGUGGUGGGGGGGCGGGGUUUGGUGUGCGUUCACACGAGCAGGUUUCUUUUUGACGACGGCAGUAUUUUCAUGUCACAUUCUCACUUUUGUGGCAGCUAUGUGUUUCCCAGGAGCCCGAACAGAACGUCAGGGGAAAAAAAAAUAUUACAUAUUACAACGACUGUUCCAAUUCCAGACAAGCCUAAUUUGAACCAUCCGAAAUCCCGCUGCUGCUUCUUUCACCGUCUACACACACACACACCUGUUGUAACGACUGCUGUACGCGACAUUCCUAAGCAAUAUUUUAUGUUGUUUAUAAUUUGUUCAAUGAAAUGACUUUGGAUAAACUGUUACCAAGUGAAUGCCUUGGCUAAAGGGACGCGUUGUGUCGAGGACUGUACGGCCACACAAUUGAAUUGUUUCAUUUUUAUUUAAAAGCCAUUCAUGGUUGUUAUAUAUUUCCCCUCCUAUUUAAAGCCUCCAAUGUUUUUUUUUCUUUAGAAUUUUACAAAAUACCCACAACUGCUGUUUACAUUAAAGAAUGAAGAAGUGUUCUGUGAGUCGACUCUUU